AUGGGAACUGCUGCCGAGACAGUGUCAGAGGGGGUGCUGUAUAUUGGAAGGUUCCAGAGAGUUAAGCUGGGGUUUGUGCUUUUCUGGCUGCAUGGUCGCUGUGGCAUAGGGCCCCUGGCUCUGGCCACCAUCCUGAAGAACCCAGCAUCUCUCCCCCAUGUCCUGGCUGCUGGCUACUCACCAAGGCUCUGUCCCCUGUCUUUUGGUGAAGGAGUUGAGUUUAACCCCUUACCACCGAAGGAAGUAAGGUACACGUCCUCGGUCAAGUACGACUCUGAGCGGCACUUCAUCGACCAUGUGCAGCUGCCCUUGGGCCUGGCAGUGGCCUCCUGCAGCCAGACGGUCACCUGUAUCCCCAACUGCACAUGGCGUAACUACAAGGCCGAGGUGCGCUUCGAGCCCCGCCACAAGCCCAUGCGCUUCCUCAGCACCACCAUCAUCUACCCCAAGUACCCCAAGACCAUCUACACCACCACCCUGGAUUACAACAGCCAAAAGAAGCUGAGGAGGUUUUUGUCCAGCGUGGAGCUGGAGGCCGCAGAGUUCCUGGGCAGCGACGGCCUCUCAGAUGACUGCUGACUUGUCCUCCCCAGACCACCCGGGGGCAAGUUGGGCAACGUUGCUCUUGUGUUAUUCCAAUCCCAGUCCCACAGAAGUCUAACCUGGAGAUACCUCUAAAUCCAGCCGAUGGGGGGCAGAGGGGAGAAGAAAAUCACUGCAUCUUAUCAUUACGGAGAGACUCGGUCUGGGUUUUGCAUUUUCCAAUCGCUUUUUACCAGGAGUACAUUUCCUGGUUUGUUGCUGUGCUUUCUUCAUUGAGGAAAGUCAAUGAGGACCAGAGGGAAAGGACAGUGGAGCUGUGUGGAGGAGGGAGGGUGGAGGCGAGCUGGCGCUCUGGCAGCCAGUGUGAGUGUGAGGAAGAGCACACACGGCCCCGCAGUGGAGACGCCACAGGGUGGAAACAAGUCAACUGUAAGAAAUUUCAGCCCUGGGUCUCUUUGCUGCUUUCAAGAGUGGAGUGAACUCAGUAUGCUAUGACCCCCAUAUGUGUUCAAUCUGGGGAAAGCCGAAUUCCAUUUCAUUUUUAUUUCCACUUCCAUUUGAAUUUCCUGUUAACCAAAACUCUUGGAAUUUCUCGAGAUCAUUUUCAUGAUACUGAAAAAAAAAAAGGGGGGAGGGGAAAGAAAAGCCCAAACCACAAUAUGAGAUGCUUUUAAGAAGGAAAG